AUGACCGACAGCAGCGGCGGCGACGCCAUCUCGCAGCUCAUCGCUCGCCUCGAAUCCUACUCGCAAUCCGACGGAGCCUUCGCCUCGACGGUCGACGUCGUCCAAGACGACCCAGAAUGGCCUCGGGACAUUGCGACACGCAGGCAAGCGGCCGCGCAGCUAUCAGAGGAGCUCAUGGCCCUUCAGUCCAUCUAUACCGACGAGGCGCUCCACCUCCUCCGCAUCGCCCCUCCCGGCGCAUCACCAAACCCUACCGGCUCAUCGGCGGCGACUGCGGCGACGGCAGCCGCAACGGCAGAUCCGCAAGACUGGCUGCCAGGAUCGCGCGUCACACUCGCCCUCUCGACGGAAAUCGAGCCGCACCUCGCCUCACCAUCCGCCGCGGAUCCCGAGCCCGUCCCCAUUCGCAUCGCAAUUACUCUGCCUGCCUUCUACCCGCACUCGUCCAAGCCACCCCAGCUGCAGCUCCUCUCGCGCUACAUCGCAGGCUUCGGCGUCGACCACUCCCUCUUUGGCGAGAUCCUCCGUGCCUUCUACCAUCAAAAGGAAUCCAACGACUCCCGCGGCGGCGCGGCAGACCUUGGCGCCAGCGACUGGAUCGGCGGCAGCAUGAGCCAGGGCGUUAAUUGGUCCACCGGCGAGGUCAUCCUCUUUGAGGGCAUCGAGUGGGUCAAGGAAAAGGUGUCCGACUGGUGGAUCGAGCGCGAGCAGUCGAGGCUCACCAACGCAAACGAUCGAGGACUCGAUUCUCGUCGCAACGAUGCGGCUGCCGAAGAUGCAGGCCAAGCGACGCACGACGAGGACGUCACGGCAUUUGAUGCUGAUGAGCCGCCAAAAACAUCGGCGUCGCGCCGAUCGUCCAAGGGGCAGAUCAUCCAGGCCGAUCCGAUAUCGGAUCGCAAGUCGGUGUUCGUAGGAUACGCCGCGCGGAUACGGCAUCCGGACGAGGUGCCGGAAGUGCUGUCGCAGAUCCUCAGCGACCGAAGGGUCGCCAAGGCCGCGCAUCCCACAAUCAACGCAUGGGUUUGCCAGACUAAUGAUGGCGUCAUCCAUCGCGACUGCGACGAUGACGGCGAGUCGGCCGCCGGCGGACGGCUUGCGCACCUCCUUUCGCUACUGGAGGUGAACAACGUGAUUGUCGUCGUGACGCGGUGGUUUGGCGGCAUCCACCUGGGCGCGGACAGAUUCAAGCUGAUCAACCGCGCGGCGAGGGACGCGCUCGAAUUGGCAGGAAUGGUUGCCGGUCCCCUCAAUCCAUCGCCUGACGGCGGCAAGGCGGAUACGAAAGGCGGAAAGGCUGGCAGACGCGCAUAG